AUGGCCAUGAUCUCUCUUGCUUCCCCUGACACCCAACCCCAAAUCCCCACCCAAACCCACCAACCUGAAACCCCGCCACCCGAAACCACCAUAUUUCGAUCGAAGUUCCCCGACAUCCCCCUCUCCAACCACCUCUCGCUCCACGGCUACUGCUUUGAAAAGCUGUCCGAAUUCGCCGACGCCCCCUGUAUCAUCUCCACCGACGCCGCUGGCAAGACCUACACCUUCCGCGAGACCCACCUCCUCUCCCGUAGGACGGCCGCCGGUUUCUCCAAGCUCGGCAUCAAGCACGGAGAUGUCAUCAUGGUUCUCCUCCAAAACUCCCCUGAAUUUGUCUUCGCCUUCAUGGGCGCCUCCAUGCUCGGGGCCGUGACCACCGCCGCGAACCCCUUCUGCACUGCCUCCGAGAUCUACAAACAAUUCAAGGCCUCGGGUGCCAAGCUCGUCAUCACCCAAUCCGUCUACGUCGACAAGCUCCGCAACGAGAAUUUCCCCGGGAUUGGUGACGGACUCACCGUCCUCACACUCGAUGCCUCUCCAGAGGGAUGCACACCAUUCUCCGACGUGUUGGAGGCAGACGAGACGGCGAUUCCCGAUAUCACCAUCGAUCCAGAGGACCCUGUUGCGCUCCCGUAUUCCUCGGGGACGACAGGCUUGCCCAAAGGAGUGAUCUUGACGCACAAGAGCCUGAUAUCGAGCGUCGCGCAGCAAGUCGACGGGGAGAACCCGAACCUCUACUUGAAGACCGACGACGUGGUGCUGUGCGUGCUUCCCCUGUUUCAUAUAUUCUCCCUGAACUCUGUCUUGCUCUGUUCUUUGAGGGCAGGGGCGGCGGUGAUGAUAAUGCCCAAGUUUGAGAUCACGGCGAUGCUGGAGGGGAUUCAGAGGCACCGGGUGUCGGUGGCGAUGGUGGUGCCGCCGCUGGUGCUGGCUUUGGCGAAGAAUCCGGUGGUCGAGAAGUACGACCUCAGCUCGAUAAGGAUCGUGCUCUCCGGCGCGGCCCCACUGGGGAAGGAGCUGGAAGAGGCGCUCAGAACCAGAGUCCCUCAGGCGGUCUUUGGGCAGGGUUAUGGAAUGACUGAGGCUGGCCCGGUGCUAUCAAUGUGCCCUGCAUUUGCUAAGGAGCCGAUCGCAGCCAAAACAGGUUCAUGCGGCAUGGUCGUGAGGAAUGCCGAUCUCAAGGUCAUUGAUCCGGAGACUGGCUUCUCCCUCGGCCGGAAUCAGCCCGGCGAGAUAUGCAUCCGUGGACCUCAGAUCAUGAAAGGUUAUCUUAAUGAUCCUGAUGCCACAUCAUCGACAAUAGACGUGGAAGGCUGGCUACACACCGGGGACAUUGGUUAUGUGGAUGAUGAUGAUGAGGUCUUCAUAGUGGAUCGAGUGAAGGAGCUCAUCAAGUUCAAGGGUUUUCAGGUUCCACCAGCUGAGCUUGAGGGCCUCCUUGUCAGCCACCCCUCCAUUGCUGAUGCUGCUGUGAUCCCGCAAAAGGAUGAAGCUGCCGGUGAAGUUCCGGUUGCUUUCGUUGUACGAGCUAAAGAUGCAGACCUCACUGAGGAAGCUGUGAAAGAGUUCAUAGCCAAACAGGUCGUGUUUUAUAAGAGAUUACACAAAAUUUACUUCGUCCACUCCAUUCCAAAAUCCCCCUCUGGAAAGAUAUUGAGGAAGGAUUUGAGGGCCAAACUAGCCACUUCUUAAAAGCUGCCCGGACCGGAGCUUGGAGCUUGCAAUUUAAUUGUUUCAUCAAUGUUCUUUCAAGUGCUUAGCUUUGGGUUUCAUUCAUUCUGAACUCUGUACCCUUCGCUCAAAAGCAGGAGGGAACUGCAUUUGAGAGAUCAAAUAAGUUAAUGGUCGCCGAUGCUUUCAUUUAUCAUCUGGUUUUGCAUUUUAUGAUCAGUUUCGAUAUGGUGUAACGCAAUGAAUUAGCCAGUGAGACUUCCAGUCAAGCUGUUGCAAUCCCUCUUGGUACAUUUUGGACCUUAAAGGUGGCAUUCCCACUGUAUCUAUCAAAAAUAAAUAAAUGAAUGAAUAGCUGCUUAAUUUCUGAAGUAGCAGGCUAUUCCUACACUCAGAUUA